AUUUACCGCUGCUUCUCGUGCUAUAAAAAAACCGGAGAGCUAGGGUUUUCCUGCGUCGGUCUCCGCCAUCUCCUUAUAGGGAUAGGGUUUUGCUUUUCUAGGGUUACGUCUCUCUUUUUCCCUUUCUCCACGGCUGCAUCUGCAGAGUUCCUGCACGUAGUUGAAUCUGUCGCAUGGGAGUAAUGGCGUUGUACUGUUGAUGUUGUUGGAGUGAGAAAAACGAGUGACAUGGCCUCUGUUAAAGACAAUGACGAUGUAGCUCAAACUCCAUCUACACCCAAGAACGUAUACAAGGAUCCUGAUGAUGGGCGGCAGCGGUUCUUGCUUGAAUUGGAAUUUGUUCAGUGCCUAGCUAAUCCUACCUACAUCCACUAUCUUGCUCAAAACCGUUAUUUUGAAGAUGAGGCUUUCAUUGGCUACCUGAAAUACCUUCAAUACUGGCAACAACCCGAGUACAUAAAGUUUAUAAUGUAUCCUCACUGCCUGUUCUUUCUUGAACUUCUCCAAAAUGCGAACUUCCGCAAUGCAAUGGCACAUCCAGGCAACAAGGAGUUGGCCCAUAGGCAACAGUUCUUUUUCUGGAAGAACUAUCGGAACAAUCGUUUAAAGCACAUUUUACCACGUCCUCUUCCUCCUGAACCUGUUGCACCCCCAGCACCAGUUCCACCCUCAGCACCUGCACCAGUUGCAACUGCUGCUGCUGCUGCUGGCGCACCAGCACUUUCUCCAAUGCAGUAUGCUGCACCACCUGGAUCUCUUUCAAGGGCUGACGUGAGAACUAGUGGAGUGGGUGAUCGAAGAAAGAGAAAGUUUAAUUCUCCAAAAAUUUUAAGAAGAUUUUAGUUGCCAACUCCGUUAUUAUUGACUCAGCUAAGAAUCUCUCUGUAUUCCUUUUUUAUGUAUAGGUGUCAGUUAGAGCUGUUUCUGGCCAACGAUAAUUGGUCAUCUGGCUCUAAUCAUUGCUUAGGCUUUCAUGCCUAUAUCAUUUCCUAUGGUAGCCUUUUUGGGAAAAAAAUUGUGCUUACAAAUGUACAGUCUUUUGUAGGUGCUGUUUAUAUUUUCUUUCUAAUGAAAUCUUACUGAUAAAGAAAGGAAAGAAGGUUGACCUAGGCGGUGAAAUAUCUUUAACUAUGAAAAUGCAAUCUGCGGCUCUACCAAAGGUUGCUGCUACUAUUCAUUCAAAUGGUUUCUUCAACUAUGAGCUCUGUUACUUAAACCGAGAACAGCUGCCGUGCUUGGAGCUAGUAUUUGAGUGGAUUAUGUGCGAUCGAGCUGCAGGGCCUGUCCAGCCUAGUGUGUAGUUAGGAUGCAAGGCUUGUGGCACCGUAAUAUAAACAUUGAGUUAAAGCGUUCAGCCAUGUUGGUGUCCAUCUUGAGUACAAUUUUGACUCGUUCUUGUAUAUAAGAAAAAGAUUAUUCUUCC